AUGUCGCUUGAUUGCCAAGAAGAACGAAAACUUCCGUGUCUUGCCAGCUGUGUGAUCUAUCAGCGAAUCAACAUCAGGAUAGUUCUGAAGUACUUGGAAAUCUGGACAAACAGAGAUCCUUUCGGGCGUGUGCGAAAUGCAGGGAGUGAAUUACGCAAUUUCAGGGCCUAUCGAAAUAAACAUUUGGUGAAAAGGUUCCCUCAUGACAACGCUCUUUUACUAAGUCACAAAAGUUGGCCCCCGAAUAUUGCUGGUCUAGCAUGGGUCAAUUCGAUGUGUGGUGGAAAUUCAAACUCUAUCAACGCCUGGUCUUAUAGCAGUAGUGUUGGUCCUUAUGUAAUUGUUGCUCAUGAGUUGGGUCACAACUUUGCGUUCAAUCACGAUACUGGGACCUGCAAGUGCUUAACUUCACGAGGCUGUUUCAUGGGAAGUACCAGGUCUCGACUUCCAGGAUUUUCGGAUUGCAGCCUUAAAUCGCUUCAAAAGGUCAAUGAUGCAUGCUUGUACAACGUACCAACUUACAAGGUCUGCACUAAUAAAAAGAUUUGCCACUGCCAAGGAGGAUUUGAUCCCAAAAACGGUUGCAAGUCAGAGGAAGGAGAAAAACAAGAGGGAGGCGAAGAAGAAGAGGAAGGAGGAAAAGGAGAGGGAGGCGAAGAAGAAGGAAGUUCAGGUGAAGAGGAAUACGAAUACUCAGGAGGAGAAGAAUUUGAAGAUGAGGAAGACGAUACGAAUGAAGAAGACAAUGAGAAAGAAGUAGAAUAUGAAGACGACGAAAAAGGCGAAAAACGAGAGGGAAAAGAUCUCGAAGAAGACUUAGAAAUGUCCUUUGCUAAAAAGUAA